AUGACAAGACGUAAGAGGGGCCAACGAGCCUUGCCCUCCGGCUCGCCUAAGAGCCCGCGCGUGCUGGAGGCCGACUCCGCGGCGGCAGAUCGCCGUGCUCCGGCCGCCGGAGAAGGGCCUCGCAACCGCGCGCCUUCGAAUCAGGCGCAACCGCAACAACAACCACAGUCCCCGAGCCUCACCACGCCGAGGACCCCGCAACGCCAGGUUCGAUCCAUCGCUUCUGCGGCGGCGGCGACCCGCCGCCCCUCGCCGCCGCACCUCCGCCUCGGCGCUGUGCCCCAAUUAGCAGCGCGGGGUCCCGCCGCUUGGUCCCCCGCCUCCGCCUCCGCCUCCGCCGCUUGGUCCUGGUCCCUACAGCAUGGCUUCUGCACCACCUCCACGCCAUCUCGUGCCCGAGCGCACUCCCCAUCUCCCCCGCCCGGCAGCCGCUCCUCGUCUGCUUCCUCGGGACCAUCUCACAUGUCAAUGGACUCCAGCGGCUCCGUUAUGCCAACCUAUGCAAGUGUCGUCAGAGGUCCAGCCAACCAAAACUCUUAUGCCAAUCUUUUGUCGCGGCUGCUUAAUUUUCUGAAAGCCGAAAUCAACAUCGACGCAGAAAUGACUGCUAGCGACAUGAAUGCAAUCGUCUCAUUGAUGCCAGUGGCAGGAAGGUUCAGUCUUGUGUUUGCUUUCCAGCGCCUUCUCAAAUACGAUAAGGAACUAGCCUAUGCCAUCUGUAAUUCGCAGGACAGAUUCAAUGAAUGGGUGUAUCCUACUGUAUCCCAGUUCCUAACCAGUAUUGGUAUCACGAAGGAUGUAGCUGAAAGAAUGAAAGUUACUUUCUCUGAAAUGCCCCAUAGCAUCAGACCUCUUAAACAUUUCAUACGGGAACAGCCAUUGGCCAGUAACAAGUCAAUCUUUGGUGGGAGUUUCCAACUGCGCAUCGCAAAUGACGUCGGCAUGAUGUUGGUUGAUGGCUUUCUGACAGAGGUCUACAAUAGACAUUUACAAGGUCUUACUUGGAAUGGAGGAUUUAGCUUAAGUGACAUGGCGGUGGUUAACUCCACGCAAUGUGUGAUCACUAAGGAGCCAAUGCGAGAUGAAUCUCACUGCAUAGCAGAGGACCUGCGCAAAAUUGGAGAUAUUUUCAUGCCAAUGUUCAAUUGUUGUGGGGAAAUGGCAUUAUACUUCGAUGUACUGGAACAAGAUUUGAAGGGGGCCAACAAGAAUUUAGUGAAACAAGAAUGGUUUUGGGAAUACCUCCUCGCUCACCCAGCACUGAAACAACCUUUGGCACGCCGCCAUCUAGAGUGUGGAUUGAAGCAGGCUGCAAAAAUCUUCGGAGGCCAAGGCACGCCGCUCCAAUCAGUUCUAGGAGGACAUAGUGACUGGCAGGCACUUAUCCCAGCUGAACGUACCGAAAACACACUUGCCAUAGAUGUCAUCUUGUAUGAGGUUUUCUGGUUCAAGCGCAAGCAUACUGAAGGCGUCAAAGACCCUUUUAAGGCUACAGUUGGGGGGCUGCUGAAAUACAAAAGAAAUUUAAUGGGACAUGGUGACGAUUAUGUCGAUGUUGAGCUGCUCUCCGAGUUUGAGCAAUUUGCAGCAAAAAGUUUUCCCCAAGCUCUACCGACCUUUCUGCAGAGCCUAUUGAGGGACUGCAAAAUACACAUGGGUGGACCGUAA